CAGAUUUUUAAAAAAUACAAUGUCUAAUGGUUAUGAAGACCACAUGGCCGAAGACUGCAGGGAUGACAUCGGGAGAACAAAUUUAAUAGUCAACUACCUCCCUCAGAACAUGACCCAGGAUGAGUUGCGAAGUCUGUUCAGCAGUAUUGGUGAAGUCGAGUCUGCAAAACUUAUUCGGGAUAAAGUCGCAGGACACAGCUUGGGCUAUGGCUUUGUGAACUAUGUGACUGCAAAGGACGCGGAGAAAGCAAUAAACACACUGAAUGGCCUGCGGCUCCAGUCCAAAACCAUUAAGGUGUCAUAUGCUCGCCCAAGCUCAGAGGUCAUCAAAGACGCUAACUUGUACAUCAGCGGGCUCCCCAGGACCAUGACCCAGAAGGAUGUGGAGGACAUGUUCUCUCGAUUCGGGCGAAUCAUCAACUCCCGAGUCCUUGUGGACCAGACGACAGGUUUGUCCAGAGGGGUUGCGUUUAUCCGGUUUGACAAACGGUCGGAAGCAGAAGAGGCAAUUACCAGUUUCAAUGGUCAUAAACCCCCAGGUUCCUCUGAACCCAUUACAGUGAAGUUCGCAGCCAAUCCCAACCAGAACAAAAAUGUGGCGCUGCUCUCCCAGCUGUACCACUCGCCAGCUAGACGGUUUGGAGGCCCCGUGCAUCACCAGGCACAGAGAUUCAGGUUCUCCCCUAUGGGUGUAGAUCACAUGAGUGGGCUUUCUGGUGUCAAUGUCCCAGGAAACGCGUCUUCAGGCUGGUGCAUCUUCAUCUACAACCUUGGUCAAGAUGCCGAUGAGGGAAUCCUCUGGCAGAUGUUUGGCCCCUUUGGCGCAGUCACCAAUGUGAAAGUGAUUCGCGACUUCAACACCAACAAGUGCAAAGGCUUUGGUUUUGUGACCAUGACAAACUAUGAAGAAGCCGCGAUGGCCAUAGCAAGUCUGAACGGCUACCGCCUGGGGGACAAAAUCUUACAGGUUUCCUUCAAAACCAACAAGUCCCACAAAUAACUCACUCAUGCUUUUUUGUACGGAAUAGAUAAUUCAGAGUGAAGAAGUUGAAACUUUUUUGUUAGUGUACAACUCAUUUUGCGCCAAUUUUCACAAGUGUUUGUCUUAGUCUAAAUGAGAAGUGAAAAGGUUUUUAUACUCUGAGAUGCAACCAACAUGUUCAAAUGUUUGAAAUCCCACAAUGUUAGACCAACUUUAAGUUUCUUAAGUUAUUUCCUUUAAAAUAUAUAUUAAACAGAAAUCUAAGUAGACUGCAUUGACUAACCAGUCCCUCGGGAUGGUGGUGAAACUGAAGCAUGCUUUAACUUCUAAGACUGUCUAACACCAACUUCAUUCGGUGUCUCCACAAACUGGAUUAAAAAAAAAUGACCUUUUAAUUUUCGUUUUUAAACUAAAGAUGUUAGACAGAUGCUGAGUGUGCGUUUUCUCAACUGCUUCAACAUUUUAAGCAGUUUCUGCUUUGGUUGACAUGAAAUUGCUUCCCCAAGCAGGUCCCAUUGCCACCUUCUGGUCACUCAGUCCUGGGUUCUGCCAAGUAGUCCUGACAGUGGCCGAGGGCCACCACUGGGGACAGGGCCACAAGCUGGGUCAGGCCCUCUAAAGGAGAACACAAUGUUUUCUAAGCCCAGACGUCAAUGGGAACGGACCAAAGAGUUUCAGGGAAACUCCAUAUAUUCCUGAAUCAGAUCUAAGCCCCAGGCACUCCUGAAGAUGUGUAGCUACUCUGACAUUCUGAGUUCCUGUCCACACAUUGCAUGCACGGUGCCCCACACAUCAGAUAUUGUUGUUCACAGCCAUUUCUCCAGUUUCCAAAAGCAUUUAACAUAGCUCGAAUGCAUAAGAUAGCUCUAUUUUUAAUAACAUGAACAUUUGAGCAUUAUAUUUCUCAUAUCCCUUGUGAGUGCUAGACUUUUUCUACUUUAGUCUGAUUUUGUUUUGAAACUUUGCUUUCAUAUGAACACUCAGCAGGAAAGUACUUACUUCUUGCCAAUUAUCUAUUAACAACGAAAAAAAGAAAACCUUUGAUUUGUAGUUUUAAAGAUUAACCCUCAAAAAAGUUCUCUUCAUUAUUGCUUUGACAUUUUGGGUUGUUCUGUUAAUUUUCUUUUGCUUUUUUGUGUUUUUUGUUUGUUUUUACUUUUGCAUUUAAGACCAUUAAAUUUGAUUUUGUUUUGCUCAAAUUUUGUUUUGUUUUUUAUUUUACCUUUUCUUUCUUUUUGGCUAGGCAAGAUACAGACGGCCCAGCAUUCAGGGAGGAUAUAUAAGAGCUUAAGGAACAAAUACUUGCCUCAAGACAAAGCAUUUACAAAUCUGUCGUAUAGGAAUGUGCAGUCACAGAUGGUGUGUUUUUAAAAUGGGGAGCCAGUAGGGAGAAUCUGACAGGGCCUGCGAAGUAGCCAGGACUAGAUCUCCGGGCAAUUCUUAAGGAGCAUGAUCCGAUUUUUAUAAAUAUCUAGUGUACAGUGAGAAUAAAAAACAGAAUAACUUAGUACCAGCAGUUUUUAACUUUGACACAAGACUAAACGUAAUAAUAGGCUGUUUUUUAGUUAUUGAGAUCAUGGAAUUGCAGCAUUAUUUAUCUAUUAGUCUAUUUAUUUACGUGGGGGAGGGGAAAGGCCGAUAGGCACAGCCUUCUCCAAAAAAAGAUCAGUGUUCUGAGAAGCCCAUGAAAAAAUUUUGAGGCUAUUACUCUCAUACUUCCGUGAGGGGCUACCAGCUGCUUGCAUUAUUCUCCCAAAUUUAAGAUGUUGCCAUGUUCUUUUCCCAUACAAGGCCAAGUUCAUACCUUGAGGCCUUGUCUCAUAAAUUGCCAUGGAGGGCCUCCUCCCUCCAGCAGAAUUUCCCAGAUCCUAAGUCAAAGCCAGCUUGCGUGCCUCCUAAAACCCCAAACAUAGAGAUUGUCCCCGCUCUGUUGCCCCAGAGUGCUCUUCACCCUGGGACUGGCAUGUUUUUCUGGAAAAAUAAGCCUUUCAGGUGGUGCAACCUUGGGCCAACAUUUCCUCAGAGAUAAGAUUCCCAAUUCUAAAACCAACCCUUAAAUCUCAUUGACACACAUUCCUGUCAGCCCUCACUCGUGCUCAUUUUAUUACAAGGAUAAUAUAAAAUGCAAACGAGAUGAUGGUGGGCUCGCACCCAGCACCGCAACUUCUUUCCUCCCCUCCCUUUUAUUUGAAACAGAUUGAUUGUUCUGAUGUUAGGUCAGAUGAAGAGGAGAUGUAGAGUACAUAUGAGCCUUUGAAAGUUGAGUUUCUCAGGUCAUUAAAAUUCUGUUACAUGGUCACCUCACCACUCUUUGAAUAGCCUUCUAACUAAAAACCCCAAUGUGUUUCUUUGGGAGUUUUGAUGUACAGGUGUGUGGAACGAUUCUGUUUUUGACAUAUUCCUCCUGAAAAGCAAUUGUCACUCCCAUCCAGGUACCAGAUGCUGGCCCUGUGUCUAUAAAGUUCAUUACAUCUCUAGGCUUGUUUGCAAAAGGAAGAUUUAUUUUUUAAAAGUCACAAUCCAAAAGAAACCAUUUUUCAAAAUUUACAUUUUUAUUUAUAUUUGUAUUUUGCAAAAUGAGUGAUCUUAUUUGGGAAUUUUGAUGGAAAAAAUAAGAGUAGAUAAAGUUAAUUUAUCACAAGUUUGGUUUGGUACAUAAAUGACCAAAGAAGCCUUGGUUGAAUUCUCUUUUGUCCUGUGUAACUACCCUAACAAUUGUUUGCUAAACAGCUCCCAACUUGUGGACCUGGUUCCAGUUGAGUUCUCUUAUUUUUAACCCUUGGCUUCUGGAGCUUUUCAGUGGAAUAUGCUAGGCCAUGAUCUUCUGCGCGACUAUGCCUCUUACCAGCAGGUAGGGCUGGGUUGGUCUGUCAUCUUUGUUCAGAAGGUGAGUUUUUCCCUUGCCAAAGGCAGCUGACUUAACCUUGGAGAGUCUGCACUUGGUGUUAAUGCUAGAAACCUCUGCACAGGCUGCUGCAGGAGUUGGUGCCUCUGAGCUGGCAACUGAGCGGUCCCUACUGGAUCAGAUAAGUAGAAGAAUCCUAUGAAAGUUAUUGGCAAUAACUUAUUCUGGUUGGCCUCCAAACUAGGGCCAUUCUAGGGCCAUUGACUGACCUGAGUCCACUGUUGGGCUUGAAAAUCAAAGUUAGCUUCACCCAGCUAGCUGUUCCAUUUUACAUCUGAUGCAGCCUGAUUUUUUUCUCUCUACUUAUUGCAGCCUUCCUGUGUUGGAUAAAAAAGAAUAAGAAUAAGCUGCCCCACCCCCAACCCCUACCCCAGUCCUCCACCAGAAAUUCUUCCCAUCUUCCCAAGACCUAAGGCACCUACUUCCCUCCCAUUCAUCAGAUUUCCAGGCCAGCCACCAACUAAGGUUGCAAGUGCUUUGUGUUGAGUGGCAUUGAUAAUUGACCCUUUCUUACAAUAGCAGUAGAACUUGAAUCCCAGAUCUUCAGCGGGGUUCAAGGUUCUAAACCUUUUGAUUUGCCUCUGACUUCUAAUGAUUGUAUUGUAUAUUUUCCCACAACCUUUUGGUGACAUAGUUCAGUUUUCUGCUUGGUUGUUUUUAAAAAAAGAAAAUUUACUUGUAAGUCACCACCAGGACCUAUGUUAGGCUAACCAGUGGUCUGAGCAGUGAUUUUGAGAGGACUAUAUUUCACUUCCCCCUACCCCCAGAAGAGAAAGCUUGUCCAUUGGUUGGGACCACCUCGUUACCAUGUAAUGUUCUGUUUAUAGUGACUUGCUCUGGGGGAGGGGGACUUUCCUGACCGGUCCCCUUGUUGUACAGUAGAUGAGUAGACAUUUUGUAUAUUAGUGUUUUAAGUUACUGAUUUGUUUUAUAUAAAAUAAUUUAUUUUUCAGAUACCAUUUUUCAUUUUAACUUUGUUUUUACAUGGGUUUGUUUUCAAUAAAGUAUGACACUGCUGUCCAAAGUCAACAAUAAAAUGAAUCCCAUUGUGUUAUUUUGAGGAUGCUUAUGUAAUUAGCUUAUUGUUAUUAUUAUUAUUAUUAUUAUUAUUAUUAUUAAUUUUCAAGGGGGAAAAAAGCCCUCAGUUUUCCAUCUUCCUAUUUCCCUUUUUAUCCUUGUGAAUAAAUGUUCUUUAGUGUUUUAAGAGGAAAAAGCAAACCUAGAUUUUGAUAAUACAGAAGAUUUCAGAUUAAUAAAGAAGCUUUGAAAGAAGACCAUUUUUCAAAAUUUUAGUGAAGUAUGAAUAUUUUUUGUCAAUGGCUUUCUCAAAGAGAAUGAAACUUUUGCACCAUUUUCAGAGUUUUUAUAGAGAUGCCAAAUUGAUAUAUUUACAUGUAAUGGAAACAUGAAAAAGUUUUAUUAAACAAUUGUUCAUAGCUGUGUAGACAUUUUAAUUCAGUUUCCAAAGCUCUCAAAGCGUAUUUUUGGAGUACGGAGUGAUAACAGUUUGGGAUAUGAUUCCAAACAUUCGAUUGUCCAAAUACUUAGUUCUUUCCACAGGUAUCAGGUUUGUGUUAAACACUGUAUGUGAACUAUGACUGGAAUUCUGUGAUAUUUUGGUAAUAAAUGAAGUGGGAUCAUUGA